CUUCAGCAGCGCGCUCCGCGUGGGGGCGAGCGGUUCUCCCUGCGUUCUCCGAGAGGAGGCGGGCCGAGCGACAAGCGGAACUGCUUUUGAUCCCCGAGGGACUCGCCGCCUUCACAUUCCGCGCAUUCCAGGGACCGUGAACAAUCGGAGCUCGGUCAUUUAUUAGCAGAGCCCCUCCCCUCCUGAGCUCAGUCUGCUGGAGGAGCUCUCCAGACGCGCACGCAGCUCAAACAUACGCAUGGAAAUAAAAGCCGUACCCAACGUAUUUCCUUAAGGAUUAUAUCGUUAAACAGAUAAACGAGUACAGAAAGUCGUCCGUAACUUUUGGUCGUGAUGCGAUUGUGAUUUGGUUCACAGUCUAGCCCAAAAAACUCCCCUAACACAGUAUCGUUGAUUACUAUCUGCAAAACAAAGACUGAAAUGAGAACGGCAGAGGAUUCGUCAGGCACGGUGCUGCACCGACUGAUUCAAGAGCAGCUCCGUUAUGGAAACCCUACUGAUCCUACGCUGUUGGCCAUCCAGCAGCAGGCUCUGCGUGGAGGCAGUAGCGGUGGAGGUGCAGGAAGCCCUCGUUCGUCCCUGGAAAGCCUAACGCAAGAGGAAUCACUUUCUCCCCAGUUGUCCACCCGGCAAGAGCCCCAGGGCCAAGAGCACCAGGGGGACUACCAGCAUUCAGAGAGUCCCAUCUGCCACCUCUAUCAGUUCCACACAGAGGAGCUGCCUACUUAUGAGGAAGCAAAGGCUCACUCACAGUACCUGGCCUACCAGAGAGGUCAGGUAGGGCUUCAGCACGGCAGCCUGGAGACCCCUGGUGUGGUUGGAGGAGCCGAGCAGGAAGAGAGAGUGUGGGAUAUGAAGCGAGAGCAUGCUCGCUCGCUCAGCGAACACUUCAUGCAGCUCUCGCUGGAGAGGAACUGUGCCCAUGACAGUAUUCCCAUGAGCUCAUCGCAUAGCUACCCCCAGCUCUCUAAUAACCACUCUGGUCCUGUUGUAAACGAGAGGUCGAUGCAUGAGCCAGACCAACGCGGUCCACCCCCGGAAUACCCCUUCAUGGUCAGAUCCCCUGGAUAUAUGCUUAGUCAUUCACAGGAACAUGGGCACUUUUACAAAGAGCCUCCCCCUGCUUUCCAUUCACAGCAUCACAGGUUAUUUCCAACCCAGUCGCAAACGCCCCACCAUAGCGGCCUGCCCACGUUGACCCCUGCUGGUCAGGAUGUCAUUGUUGGAGGAUACAGCAUCCCGGUGAGCAACUGCCAAGUAGAGCAGCUCAUUAAAGAGAACGAAAGACUGAGAGGAGAAGUGGAGAGCUACAGCGAGAAGGCAGCAAGGCUACAGAAGCUUGAACUGGAGAUUCAGAGGAUAUCGGAGGCCUAUGAGACUCUUAUGAAGGGAUCUGCAAAGAGAGAAGCCCUUGAGAAAACCAUGAGGAACAAGCUUGAGAGUGAGAUCAAGCGACUUCAUGACUUCAACAGAGAUCUCAGGGACCGCCUGGAAACAGCCAGCAAACAGAGAGCAGCCAUGGAAGUUGAAGACAAGAGUCGGCAUGCCUUCGCCAAACUGGUUGAGCAAAAUGAGGAUCACCUUAGAGAGCGGGAACGUCUGGAAAAAGAGCUGCAGCAUCUGCACGUCUCAGGAGAAGAAUGGAAGAGGCGCAGAGAAGCCUUGGAGCAAGCGCUGAUGUCCACUCAGACACGAAAUAGGCAGCUGGAAGAAGAGUUACGCAGGAAAAGAGCUUACGUUGAGAAGGUGGAGAGAAUGCAGAGCGCCCUGGCACAGUUGCAGGCGGCAUGUGAGAAGAGGGAGGCGCUGGAGUUACGAUUGAGGACCAGACUGGAGCAAGAGCUGAAGAGCCUGAGAGCACAGCAGUGGCAGUCUCAAGCCCAGCAAACGAGUCCUAGGUCCUACUUGGACCUUAACGUGUCAUCUCUGCAUCAGCAGCUGAGGGAGCGAGAGGAGCAGGUUCUGGCCCUGGAGGCUGACAUAACCCGCUGGGAGCAGAAGUAUCUUGAGGAGAGCACAAUGCGUCAAUUCGCCAUGGAUGCUGCUGCUACUGCUGCAGCUCAGAGGGAUACAACAAUCAUCAACCAUUCACCUCGCCAUUCACCCAAUAGCAGCUUCAAUGAGAACCUGCCGUCCCCUAACCACAGACAUCAGGAGAUGGAAAACCGGAUUCGGGCGCUUUAUGCUCAACUUUUGGAGAAGGAUGCCAUUAUAAAGGUCAUGCAGCAGCGGUCACGACGGGAGCAAGGCCGACCUGAGUCGCUAGGCCUACGACCUGCUCGAUCUGUUCCCUCCAUCAACACGGUUGCCACAGCCAGCAGCACCCAAACCAAAGGGAAAAGCCUCUCGGAUGACCAGACGGCAGCCGCGUCAUUGCCCCCGUUGCCCCAUCCGCUAGCCAAAACCCAGUGUCGAGACAGCAGCACCCAGUGUGAAGAAUCUUCAGAUGAGACCAACCCUAAAACAGAGCCUGCUCCACAAUUUUCCAUUGCUCCCAGUUCUGAUUCCACUGCUCUCAACACAAACCAGAUCAGCAGUGCUGUUGAAAACGACAUGGUGGAGAUUCUCAUCUGAGAUGAACGUUGUUCAGCUUGAUGCUGCCUGCUGUUCUUACACACAGAAGAUUCUCAUUGGAUGUCCAUUUGAGGACCAACCAUAUCAAGAGAAUCCUGUGCUUGCUAUGAGAAGAGCUCGCCAUUGAAGUGCAUCAGACAGAAAGAAGAACGAAUAGUGGGAGUAACCUAAAACUGAUUCUCGGUGAAGGAGAGCUGAGCUCUCCUGACAGUGCCUCCACACGUUAAAGGACAGUGUUCAUUCUCAGCUGGUGGCUCUCAACCUGGACUGUGAGAUGUAUGGUCUGAAUUUGAGGUGCUUGGACAGUACUCUACAGAGCUCCAAAAAGCUACCACAAGACUUCUUAAGUGCUUAUAAACACAUUGUACAUGUUCUUUUGUAUUUAUGAGUAUUGCUGCUGACUGUGUGACAGAAUGGAGAAAUAGGAAGAAAUAUCCCACUGUUGUGAAACUUUUUUGUUUUUGCAUUUGCUUUUUGUUUGAGGAACAACCAAGGGCAGUUUUGUUGUUUUUUUUUUUUUAACCAACUAAGUAUACCGACCCAUGUAAGACUAUAUCCCACAUUCCUAGAUAAAAGCACAGACAAAUAUAUCUCUAACUGUAUGUGCUCCAUGUAUAGUAGAUGUACCAUCGCAACUGCUUCAUCCUUAAAUAUCAAGAAAAGAAUAGUUUGGAUUGUAGGAGGCCAAAUACAGUUUGAACCUGGAGGCCUGGGAUUAGACAAUUAACCAGAAUAGUUGGGUAAA